GAGUAUAUACGGCAACUGCAACUCUGAUGUAGCUAUUGUAUUGGAACUGCACAUUAACUUGCAGACUAGGUUGAUAUGCCGGUGAUAGACACAGACACACACACACACACAAUUCAUUUAUUGCUAACAAAUGGCAAACAUCCCUCUCGCUGUAAUUUGGCUACAAAACAACCAAAACAACUUGGUGUGGACAUACAAUACAUAAUGCACCUGUCCUCGUUUUCUCUUUUGGUUCCAACUUUAUAUACAUUUUCUGCACUGCGCGUGCAGACAAGGUAAACUGGCUUUUACUCACACAACAGGAAGUGACAUCGCCACAUACAGUCAAUGCGAAAUAGCCAACAACACUCAUGAUAACUUAACCUUCUUUCCCACCAACAAAAACACCCACGAACGGAUAAACACCGGAUAACACAGCAUCAACAGGGAAACAGAAAAGACACAGAACUAGAAAUCAACAGCAUAGUCCUGGAAUCAUGAAGGCGAGCACCGGGGGGCGUAACGAUCGCCGAGGGCCCUCACACACCGACAGGGCGGGCCCAGCCAGAGCAGGCGGGGUGUGCUGCACGGCGUCCACACAGUCAAAGGCCGGACCCUCGGAGAAGGAGAUGCCAGAGCUACCAGGGUGGCAGAACAUCUCAUGGCAGGCCUUGAAUGUAGCUCUUGAACCCUGCGUAGCAUGGCACGACUCCGUUUUGAUGGCUGAGCGAAAAGUUUUGCAUCAUCAGACGCACGGAUUUCAUCGAGGAGGGAACACAGGGCCUGUGAUAUUUCUGGCUUAAUAGACGCCAGAGUGUGAGAUCUCAGCUCUGUGCCAUAUCUUUGUUUGACAAGUCUGGGUAGGCUAGGGUGAAUGAGCCUGAACCAUGUGAGGACCACCAUGUUUUCUAGCAUGAGCGAAAGCUCCUCCUCUUCUGUCAUAACCUCACCAUGGUGGCUGAGGCCACCAGGGCAUAACAAUGAGUCCUCCACAAAUGGUAUCAGUCGCUGGUAAAGGUCUUCUGGAUGCUCAUCUCCCUCAAGAUGUAUAUCUGAGAAGUCAAUAAACUGAGUACCAGAGACUUGAAAACCAAAGUGUUGCCUUAUUGUUUGCCAUAUGAAUCCCAGUGAUGUAGAAUUUUUAACUAUGGUGGUUCUUGAUCUAAUAGGGCAAUAGUUAGCAAUUUGCCCAAGCAUCUAACUUUCUGCUGUGCAGUGCGUUGCCUAGCAACAGGAACGCCCUCACAUUCAUUCUGAAAUCCUCUCAGCGGCUGGGCUUUUGUUUUUUUCAGCCACAUGACUCGCUUGGCCAGAAAAGGAGCAAAGUUCUCGUCCACUGAUAAAGUGUAUAAUAAAUUCUGAUUCCAGUUUUCGAAGGUAUGUAUGGUUUCAGUCUUUGAAAGGCACCACUGCUUCGGUGCACGGUAAGUAGAUGCCAUUUUCUACCUGUUUGAAUAUGCGGACGUGCUUUCAUAGUGAUGGCUACACUGUUUCGGCUUCAGUAAAAUAUUCUCCACUGUCGGGCGGCUCCUCAUGAAAGUGAAAGUAAAUACAGCAUGCGAGUGAUAAUCCGACUGCUGCCACCAAGCCAGUUGAAGCUGUGUUAUUAACAGAAAGCUGAGACACGGGCAGACAAGGUAAACUGGCUUUUACUCACACAACAGGAAGUGACAUUGCCACGUACAGCCAAUGUGAAAUAGCCAACAACACUCGCGACAACUUAACAUGGCCACGUAGGCCUACCGCUGGUCGGUACUGGCGGCGGGUAUGUAGGUGUGAAAGCAUCCAAAAAAACUACAUCUUUGCCCUGACUAAAUACGUGAAAUAGGCCUACUGACCAUUGCAAUGUCAAUCUGUAGUGUUAUAUUCUUUUAAAAGAAACAUAGCCGUCUUUGAUUACCUCAAAUACCAAUGCAAUGCAUGUUGACUUCGCUGGUGUAGAUAGAAGUAACUUUGCUAGCUAAUUAAAAUAAUGGAAAUACCUUUACUUCAGGUGUUCUUGUUUGUUUUUAUUAACGUGCACCAGAUGCGGUCAUUUCACAGAAACUGCUAGUCGUGUUACAGCCCUCCAAUCUCCCUGUUCUUCUUCAGCCUUGGACCUCAUUGACCGCACUGCAAUGUUGUCAAAUUUGACAACGGUGAACCUGCUCAAACAGAGCCUUAAACUCACCCAAUCUUGGAAGAAACUAGCCCAAUUUAAAAAAUAAUAAAAUACAAAAAAUGCAUAAAAUAUGUUUGUACACUCAUACAUAAACACACAUUAUACUUUUAUUCUUGUCAUGAAGGUGAACAUGCUCAUUAUGCAAGAUUGCCCCCCCCCAUUCCCACCCCCCAACCAUCCCCCCCGCAAACAUCGCUCUAUAGUUGCAACUAACAUUCUGAAUGAUCCUUCUCUGAACCUGAAAGACGUGGCCUAGCUUCACACCAUGGACUGUAAAAACACAGGCUUCAAGGUCCUUAGCAAUAGAGUGUACUGAGUUCAGUGUCCAUAGCCUAAUUAAGGAAUUACCUAACGUUUGCCAAGCUGCUGUUGAUACUUAAGUUAUACCGACUAUGAAACAAAAGAGUUUCAGCUACGUUGUCGAACAUUAUUUAUCAGGGCUCUGCAGUGUUCCCAUUUUAGGAUAAUUUGCACCUGAAAAUAGACGUGCUAUUCUAAUUGGAGAAAUAAUUUUGGCGCACUUCUGCUAAUUAGGGUGCAUCAGUGCACUCCUAAAUUUUUCCAACUUAGCGCAGAGCCCUAUUUAUUCAAGCCUGAAUAAACACAGAACUGUUCUGCGUGUAGUAGACACAGGCUAGGUGCAUUAUAGGAAAUAAUACCAACCAAAGUAGUAUUAAAUGUAUUUUUUAAAAACAAAAUAAGAAAAUAUACGCACAUACAAGCUGUUUUGGAGUUUCUUUGGAGUAUAUUCUCUUGCUUUAAACCACAAGCUAAUUGCCCCUAAACCAGCUGUUGUGAAGCCAGCAAGUUGUGAAACAUAUGUAAGUAUUUGAAAUAUAAACUCCAGAAAGCACUGUUUAGAAGCCUGAAAGUCAAGGACCCAAUUAAGGAACCGCUCAGCUCAUUAUGAAGAGGAAUGCAGAUGAAUUGCCAGACUUGAGCUGUAGUAUUUAUGUUCUCAGGGUGUCCUGUGUAAUUCAGUUCCUCUCAAAAGGACCAUAAUGGAAUUUGCUGCAGGAUGGAUUUCAGGUGCAGCGGGACUGGUGGUUGGACAUCCGAUGGACACAGUGAAGGUGCGUUUGCAGACCCAGACCAGGUACAAGGGGAUCUUUGACUGUGUGGCCAGGAUUUAUGCACAUGAAGGGAUCACUGGGUUUUUCAAGGGCAUGUCAUUCCCUGUCCUGAGUAUUGCUUUCAGCAACUCCGUGGUCUUUGGUUCCUAUAGCAACGCCCUGGACUACCUCACCCAGUCACAGUAUGCCCAAUGCAGCAAAGAGAACUCUGCGACUGCGGCGGCAGUCUUUACGGCUGGUUGCUUUUCUGGACUAGCCCAGGUACUGGUCUUAGCUCCCAUUGACCUGGUCAAGGUGCGGUUGCAGAACCAGAUGAAUGGCAGGUGGGGGGUGGGUGCGGACAAAUACAGGGGUCCUGUGCAUUGUGUGGCUGUCAUCCUGAAGGAGAACGGUCCCAGGGGCCUGUUUCGGGGGAUGGGGGCCCUCGCUCUGAGGGACGUGCCCUGUUACGGUCUCUACUUUCUUCCCUAUGAGCUCAUAUGCAAAGCACUGACUGAGAGUGGAAAAGAGCCAGGCACGUUUGCGGUGCUAACGGCCGGGGGCACGGCUGGCGUGGUGACGUGGGCCUGCGCUACACCUAUGGACGUGGUGAAGGCGAGGCUGCAGAUGUCCGGAGCCGGGGGGCCGGUCUACAGGGGCGUCCUGCACUGCAUAUCGGUCAGCCUGCGCCAGGAGGGCGUGCGGGUUUUCUUCAAGGGCCUCCUUCUCAACAGCCUCAGAGCCUUCCCUGUGAACGCCAUCACUUUCCUCUGCUACGAGAGCCUGACGAGGGCCGGGACGUCACCGCCGUGACGUGAGACUGCUUCCAGGGCCGAGGCCGCGAAGCGCGGCGUGCCUGACCACGGCCAUUCACGGAACAGCGUGGCCAGUCGCUGCUACCAGAAGCCUCAGAGCGCACAAACUGUUCAUGAUGCGGUGAACUGGGCUGUUAUUUCAGGGCUAUCCUGAAAAUGAGUUGACGUAAAUAAUUUAGCGUUGGUGAGCCACUAUGCAGAGACAUCGGCAAAGAAUAGCAACUGCCUCAGCAGUGGAAGGGGAGGAAACCCUGGACAGUUAUCAAAAGAAAGGUUUUUGUAGUAUUUUUUGUAUGUAUUGUAGUUAAAUAGAAAAAUAUAUACAUGUUUAAAAAUAUAUACAUUUAUAAACUGAACACAUGACAGACAUUGUGCCUUAAUUGUCAUUCUCAUUGUCACAACCCAUGUACAUACAACUAGUAAUCCAUUCACAGUUCAUGUAUAGGGUAAUUUCUGAUUGAAAAGAAGUUCAUAAUGGCAAACAAUGCCCCCUGUAUGCCUUCAGAGUAUUGUUUCAUCUUGAGCUAAAACAGAAAUAACCUAGACAGCUGACCCAGUUUACUAUGUAUUCUGUUAUCAGAAAUGGCAGUCUAUUUUUUUAAAAAACUUCUACAGUGCUUUAUACAAUUUGUGUAUGUUUGAAAUAAAUAAUCCUUAAAUCUCAAA